AACAGUCAGUAAUUAGUCUUUUAGGUUUAAUUUCUUGCAAAAUUUGGACUGCGGGUGUGCCAAAGUCCGAAAGUUCUUACUCGCCGCUUUGGUGAUAAAGAUUUUUUUCUGAAGUAUAUGAUACCACCAUCCAUAUAUAAGAAGAUACUUCUGUGCCACACUUCGCACUUCAUUUCUAAUCACCAGAAAAGCCGGUAUCGACGCCAUAGUGCGAGUAGUGCAAAGUAGACCUUUCCUUAGAAGUCGGUUCGUUGAGCGUGAAGAAUGAUAUUGUUAGUGUUGUUCACAUUAGUGAUUGCCUAUGCAGUCAAUUUUCUUUACAAGAAAUGGAAAGUGUAUAGGCUUUUGCUGGACAAUUUCAAAACCCCACCCAGGCAUCCAAUCUUUGGAACACUGACUAUUUUUCCAAAGACCGCUCCAGAAAUUUUCAAAACCUUAUUAAGCUUAAUCGACAAAUAUGGAAAAAAUGUUGUCCUAACUCGACCGAUACUCGACGCUCAGAUUAUAAUCUCAGAUGCUAAAGAUGUUGAGGCCAUUUUAACAAAUCCGAAUACGAAGAAAGCUAGAAAGGCAUCUGUAUAUCAAACUUUAGAGCCGUGGUUAGGAACUGGUCUUCUAACAUCUUAUGGGGAAAAAUGGUUCACCCGGCGUAAAAUCCUCACCCCCAGUUUUCAUUUCAGUAUUUUGGAUGGCUUUGUAGAUGUGAUGAGCAAGCAAUCAGAUAUUCUAAUGAAACAUCUAAAAUCGAUGGCUGGAAAGGGUGAAGUUGACAUCUACCCGAUAGUAAAUGCAUUUGCACUGGACAUAAUUUGCGAAACCGCAAUGGGUGUUACCGUGAAUGCUCAAGCUGACCCAAAUUCAGAAUACGUAACUUCAGUCAAGAAGAUGUCUCUCGCUUUCCAGGAACGAUUACGUCAUCCUUUAGGAAAAAGUGGUCUUUACAACCUGACAUCUAAAGGACAAUAUCAAAAGACCCUCACGACUAUUCUUCACAAUUUCACGAAUAAAGUCAUUGGGGAACGGAGGGAUCAGUUACUAUCCAACACGAAGGUUGACAAAGGAAGUCAUAUGAACUUUUUAGAUAUUCUGCUUCAUGCGUCAGUAGGUGGAAAACCUCUGACAAAUGCUGAUAUACGGGAAGAGGUCGAUACUUUUUUGUUUGAAGGACACGACACUACUGCUUCAGGAAUCGCGUUUACACUGUAUUUAUUGUCUAGGCAUACCGAUGUACAAGAGAAAGUUUAUCAAGAAUUGAAGAAGGUCUUUGGCGGUAAAGACGAGAUGGAAAUCACAAAGAAGAAAUUAAUUGACCUUGAAUACUUGGAGAUGGUGAUCAAAGAGAGUUUGCGAAUUCUUCCCCCAGUUCCAGGAAUCGGACGACAGUUGAUGGAGGAUACACUGAUAGGAGGUAUUAAAGUUCCCCCUGGUGUAAACCUACUAUUGUCAAUCUACGCAAUGCAACACGAUCCAGAUUAUUAUCCAAAUCCGGAAAAAUUUGAUCCAGAGCGAUUUAGUUCGCAAUCAGACAACAAACGUACAUUUGCAUACAUUCCCUUCAGUGCCGGAGGACGAAACUGUAUUGGCCAGAAAUUUGCUUUAUUGGACUUGAAAACAGUAAUAGCAAAAGUUAUCAUGAACUUCAAGUUAUUGCCUGGACCAGAAGUUAUCUUGCAAGGAGAUCUUAUCCUAAAAUCAUCGAAUGGUAUCCGCAUUCGAUUGGAGCAACGAUAAUAUUAUUCUUUAAUGAACUUGACUCAAAAAUUCUACUCAUAAAUGUUUGUCUCUAAUUCGCGUUGUAGAUAAUAAAGAAAGAAAAUGGGGCAAUGAAAGUAAA